CUUGUUUCAACGUUAGGAAGAGGCCAGUCAGGCCACCAAAAUGGCGAUCUUUGUAUAAUAUCCGUGUAAACAAUUUUUAUAUUCUGGCACGCUUUGUUGAGUGGCUAAACUAGGCAUAGUUUUUUUCUGGUUGGUACAUUGUUUGGAAGUGUUGUUUGUCAAGAUUCCGUUUUGUUCGGGAGCUCCUGGGUGGUACGUCAGAUACUCCUCCAGCUUCUGAAAUAAGGCAGCCAAAUAAAACAAGGAAACUCAGAAGGGAAUAAUUCUAGUAGAAAUCUCACAAACAAGGACAAAAUGAAUAUUCGAUGUGCGCGGCCUAGUGAUCUUAUGAACAUGCAGCAUUGUAAUUUGCUAUGUCUACCAGAAAACUAUCAAAUGAAGUAUUACUUCUAUCAUGGGCUGUCAUGGCCACAGCUCAGUUAUGUAGCUGAAGAUGAGAAGGGACGCAUUGUUGGUUAUGUCUUGGCUAAAAUGGAAGAAGAUGGAGAAGAUAAUCGCCAUGGACACAUUACUUCACUAGCAGUGAAGCGUUCUCAUCGUCGUCUUGGACUUGCACAAAAACUCAUGAAUCAGGCUUCAUUAGCAAUGGUGGAAUGUUUCCAGGCUAAAUAUGUUUCACUGCAUGUUAGAAAAAGUAACAGAGCUGCACUAAAUCUGUAUACAAAUUCUCUUGGGUUCAAGAUUCUUGAAAUUGAACCUAAAUACUAUGCUGAUGGGGAAGAUGCCUACUCAAUGAUGCGUGAUCUCAGUGCAUUUUCUACAGAAACGAAAUCUGAUAAUCAAACUGAGAAUUUAGAAAUUAAGUCUGAAUCUACAAUUAUAUCACAGUGUUGAUAGAUAAAAUAAAGCAUUUAAAUUAUAA